AAGACGCCGCGCGCUCGGGUACUGCUGCGCCUGCGCAGGCGGAUCGCCGCCGGAGUCGUCUUGUUUGCAGGCUGAACCCCGCGGCCGCCUUUCCUGGAUUUGAGUCUCGCGCUUCCUUCGUUCGCUCGCCGGCGGGUUCGCGCCCCUCUCGCGGCUCCGGGCAGCGAGGCUGGGAAGGGGUUGGAGGGAGCUGUUGAUCGCCGCCUUUAAGUUGUGCUCGGGGCGGCCAUGUCGGCCGGCGAGGUCGAGCGCCUAGUGUCGGAACUGAGCGGCGGGACCGGAGGGGAUGAGGAGGAAGAGUGGCUCUAUGGCGGCCCAUGGGACGUGCAUGUGCACAGUGAUUUGGCAAAGGACCUAGAUGAAAAUGAAGUUGAAAGGCCAGAAGAAGAAAAUGCCAGUGCUAAUCCUCCAUCUGGAAUUGAAGAGGAAACUGCUGAAAACGGCGUACCUAAACCGAAAGUGACUGAGACUGAAGAUGACAGUGAUAGUGACAGUGAUGACGAUGAGGAUGAUGUCCAUGUCACUAUAGGAGACAUUAAAACGGGAGCGCCACAGUAUGGGAGUUAUGGUACAGCACCUGUAAAUCUUAACAUCAAAACAGGGGGAAGAGUUUAUGGAACUACAGGAACAAAAGUCAAGGGGGUAGACCUUGAUGCACCCGGAAGCAUUAAUGGAGUUCCACUUCUGGAGGUAGAUUUGGAUUCUUUUGAAGAUAAACCAUGGCGUAAACCCGGUGCUGAUCUUUCUGAUUAUUUUAAUUAUGGGUUUAAUGAAGACACCUGGAAAGCUUACUGUGAAAAACAAAAGAGGAUACGAAUGGGGCUUGAAGUUAUACCAGUCACCUCUGCUACAAAUAAAAUUACGGCCGAAGACUGUACUAUGGAAGUUACACCAGGUGCAGAGAUCCAAGAUGGCAGAUUCAAUCUUUUUAAGGUACAGCAGGGAAGAACUGGAAAUUCAGAGAAGGAAGCAGCACUUCCAUCUACAAAAGCUGAGUUUACUUCUCCUCCUUCAUUGUUCAAGACUGGACUCCCACCAAGCAGAAACAGCACCUCUUCUCAGUCUCAGACAAGUACUGCCUCCAGAAAAGCCAAUUCCAGCGUUGGGAAGUGGCAGGACCGAUAUGGGAGGGCCGAAUCACCCGACCUAAGGAGACUGCCUGGGGCCAUCGACGUUAUCGGUCAGACGAUAACAAUCAGCCGGGUGGAGGGAAGGCGGCGGGCAAAUGAAAACAGCAACAUACAGGUCCUUUCUGAAAGAUCUGCUACUGAAGUAGACAACAAUUUUAGCAAACCGCCUCCAUUUUUCCCUCCAGGAGCACCUCCCACCCACCUUCCACCUCCUCCAUUUCUUCCACCUCCUCCAACUGUCAGCACUGCUCCACCUCUAAUUCCACCGCCAGGUAUUCCAAUAACUGUACCACCUCCAGGUUUUCCUCCUCCACCAGGCGCUCCACCUCCGUCUCUUAUCCCAACAAUAGAAAGUGGACAUUCCUCUGGUUACGAUAGUCGUUCUGCACGUGCUUUUCCAUAUGGCAAUGUUGCCUUUCCCCACCUUCCUGGUUCUGCUCCAUCAUGGCCUAGUCUUGUGGAUACCAGCAAGCAGUGGGACUACUAUGCAAGAAGAGAGAAAGACCGAGACAGAGACAGAGACCGAGACCGGGAGCGAGACCGCGAUCGGGACAGAGAAAGAGAACGCACCAGAGAGAGAGAGCGGGAGCGUGAUCACAGUCCUACACCAAGUGUUUUCAACAGUGACGAAGAACGAUACAGAUACAGGGAGUAUGCAGAACGAGGUUAUGAGCGUCACAGAGCAAGUCGAGAGAAAGAAGAACGACACAGAGAGCGACGACACAGAGAGAAAGAGGAAACCAGACACAAGUCCUCUCGAAGUAAUAGUAGACGUCGCCAUGAAAGUGAAGAAGGAGACAGUCACAGGAGACACAAGCACAAAAAAUCUAAAAGAAGCAAAGAAGGGAAAGAAGCCGGCAGUGAGCCUGCCCCUGAGCAGGAGAGCACCGAGGCUGCACCUGCUGAGUAGGCGCGGCCAGGGCCGCAGUGCAUCACAAGUCUUGUUAUUUUUCUGGAUGAUGUUUAAGAAAUUUACCUUUAAUCUUGUUCUGUUAGUAUGAAAAGUUAACUUUUUUCUCAAAAUAAAAGAGUGAAUUUUUCAUGUUAAGUUAAAAAUCUUUGUCUUGUACUAUUUAAAAAAUAAAGACAGCAAUGACUUUAUAUCCAAGAAGGUAAUGUGAAUGAGUCACUCAGCAGGGAAUCUUAAAGAGCUAUGUGUACAUACACAGUAUCUGAUGAAGGUCAGGGUUGCACCUUGGCCAUCGUUUUCUUGAGUUCCUGGAACACCAGCCUCUUACGCAGGUGCGCGGCUGCAGCACCUCUGAGGGUAGAGGUGGGAGCGGGUUUGGCGCUGCUGCGCACCCGGGCUUGCUGACUAGAGAGCUUGGAAACAGUUUUGAGGUAACAACAUUUUCAUAGGUUUUCAGUGUUCUAAAUUUGGGUUCAUGGUGGAACUUUGUAAAUGGGCAACUUUUAUAUCCAAAUCGGUAAAAUCUAAAGGCAUUUGGGUGGUGUCUGUGAAACUGUGGUUUCUGUAGCAGGCGCAGAUACCUGUCGCUGUGACAAAGUCGAAUUGCCACACGGCUCACUGUGCAAGCCAGGCUCAAGCUGGUUUGGCUUUUCUUGAUGCUUUUUCCAAGGCUCAUUGGUUGAGCAGGACAUGGAGUUUUUAAACAGUUACUGGCUAAUUGUGAGUGAAAAGACCAGAGCUUUAGAUUAGUCCUUUCCUAUUAAAUUUAACAAUACAGGUUUAUAAUACUCUGUGAGCAUUUUUAGGGAUAAGCCUUAGGAUGUAUUUGUCCUGGUGACAACUUGGGUUUGCGAGAAUCAAUUACUAGGAUCCUUUAAGUAGUGGAGGUAGAAAUGAACUUAAUACCACAUACUAAAAGACAACUAUAAUUUGAAAAAUAUUUAUUUCUCGUUUGAUGAACAGUUUCUUCAGCAGUGAUCUUUUAAAAUCCUCUGGCUGUAAAUUGUUUUUUCGGUGUCCAUAAUGUACCUUUUACAGACCUCAGCAUAUACCAAAUUCUUAAUUGAGGAUUUGAAUUCAGUGGGGGCAUACAAAUUAUCUCAGCCAUGUAAGAGCAUUUUAAUGAAUAGAAAAAUAUAAACUUAGAGUUGUAGAGUGAUGUGAAAUCCUCCACACUGAGUAAGAACUAUUACUAAUAUUUACGUUUUGAGAAUUACAUCUUCUGAGGUGUCAUCGACUUUUAUGAGAUCACACUUUCCUGACAAUUAGUUUACAUUUUUACAGUGUAUCCUUUAAAUAUAAAAAUUGACAAGAUAAAUAUAUUCUUUACUUAGCUUAUUUGUGGUUUUCUGUUUUCCUAUGACCCAUCAUUGGUUCUAUAAAAAAGUGCCAGGCCAAGAAACAAUAGUAAGAGUAAUUUUCCCCUUAAGUUCCUUCAGCAGCCUUGCCAAACAAGCAUGCGUCAUUCCUGAUGUGCUCCUGCCAUUGACGGCCAGAAGGAUGUCACCGCAUCUAGAAAAUACGAAAAACAGCCCAUGAUUAGCAUUUUGGUCCGUAGCUGAGGUUAACGCAAGUGUAUUAUUUGGUGGUCCUAGCUCUUGCUCCAUCUGUCAAUUUUAACUAUAUAAAAUUCUACAGAAAGCUUUUCUAAUGAAGGCCCUUCUCCCCCUCCUCACUUAAAUUCUGCACUCUCUCCAUUCAGUUUCUGUUAGAAGGGACGCUAAAAGUAUAGGAAGUUGCUGUGUGGAACCAAGGAAUUCUUAGAAAUUGAAUGCUAUGUAAAUGUUUUUCUUACCAAUUAAACAAGGUAUAUAUAGUACAAGCAUUAUUUCUAAUGGGGCCAAGCUUUUGCAUAUAUAAAACAAUAUACUGGAAACAAGCAGUCAUUAUUACCUGAUUCUCCCAUCAUUGUAUGCUGGUGUUCCUUCAACAAUAGACUUAAUAAAAAAAGGUUUGUUCCCAUUGCAUCCUUCGGAACCUCCUACAAUGCAGAAGCCCAGACUCCCAGCUGUGUUUCUUCGCAAUAUGACAUCUUUACAGUUAUACAGGUACCUGAAAGAGUGUAAGCAAUAUAUCUGCACAGGUCGGUUGAACGCUUAGUAUUCAUUAGGAUUCAUUUCCCACGCCCUUUAUUGCCAUUUUUCAGACUCGCAUUAGAUGGGUCUUACUCAAAAUUGUCAUAGCCCAGCGACCUUUGUACUAUUAGGUGGCUUCUUCCAGUAGAACUGUUUUCCAUUGCUUAAACACCCUUUAAAAAAUACUAUUAUGUUCUGUUUAUAUGUUUACUGGGAAAGAUAAGCCAUUUUUGGCUUAAAGAUUCAAUGCCUCAAUUUAUAUUAAAAAGUUGGAAAUGCCUAAAUCCUUACUGGUGAGCCAAAUUCAAGGCUACUUAGCAACAAAUUCUUAUUGCGAACAUAAUUUUAAUGAAGGCAAAAAUCCUUUAAAGGAUUUAUCCCCGUGGGGGGAAAAAAAACUGAAACCUAACCCUAAUUUGCCAAAGUUUUGUCUCUUGAAAUAUACCCACCAGUUUAAAUGUAGCUUUAUAUGCUUGACAGGUUAUAGAGAAAUAUGCAGGGAUAAAGUGAAUGGAAAUCGAGGUACUUUUAAAGAUUAUAAGAAUGAUUCAUAAUGGAGGAGAAACCCUGAAUAGUACGGCAAGAAGGAACAGGAGAGGGAGAGGCCGCAGGUCUGUGAGUGGGCAGCAUCCUCCCACAAAUCAGACGGAAGAUACUGCGUGACGGCUCGGUCAGUGUUGGCACAGGUGCAGACCAAGGGCAGACUGACAGGUUGUGUGUCAGGAACCGGAUUUGAUGAACACCCCCCCCCCCCCGCCUCCCCCAGUUCAGGAACUGGUUUAAGAGAAAAUUAGCAUUUUCAUAUUGGUAAAAAUCAAGAUAAGAUUGUUUUGUUUAUAAAGCUGUACCUUAAAAUAUUAACUGCUUUUUGAAAGACCAAUAAAAUGUCUCAUGUGAAAGGUUUUGUUAAGUAA